CCGGAAGCGCUCGGCGGCAGCGGGCCGGGGUGGGGCGGGGCGGACCGAGCUGGGCCCCAGGCGGGCCGGUCGGUCGGUGCGGGCGCGGGAUGGAGGUGAUCAGAAGCAAUUUUAAGGAUAACCUAAACAAAGUUUAUGAAGCCAUUGAAGAGUCGGAUUUCCUGGCCAUUGAUGGGGAGUUUUCAGGGAUCAGUGAUGGGCCUUCUGUUAGUGCAUUAACCAAUGGCUUUGACACUCCAGAAGAAAGGUAUCAGAAACUUAAAAAGCAUUCCAUGGAUUUUUUGCUCUUUCAGUUUGGCCUUUGCACUUUUAAAUAUGAUCACACAGAAGAAAAGUAUAUAAUGAAGUCAUUUAAUUUCUAUAUUUUUCCAAAACCCUUUAACAGAAGUUCACCAGAUGUCAAGUUUGUCUGUCAGAGUUCAAGUAUAGAUUUUUUAGCAAACCAAGGAUUUGAUUUUAAUAAAGUUUUUCGCAAUGGAAUUCCAUAUUUAAAUCAGGAAGAAGAAAGACAGCUAAGGGAACAAUAUGAUGAAAAACGUUCUCAGGCCAAUGGUGCAGGAUCUCUGUCAUACAUUUCUCCUAAUGCCACAAAGUGUCCUGUAACAAUUCCUGAAGAUCAGAAAAAAUUCAUUGAGAAAGUAGUGGAACAGAUAGAAGAAUUACUAAAGGAUGAAGAAAAUGAAAGUUUGGAACUGGAGCCAUGUACAGGAUUUCAGAGGAAACUAAUUUAUCAGACCUUGAGCUGGAAGUAUCCAAAAGGUAUCCAUGUUGAAACUCUGGAGUCAGAAAAGAAGGAGAGAUAUAUUGUUAUUAGUAAGGUAAAUGAAGAAGAACGAAAAAGGAGAGAACAGCAGAAACAAGCAAAAGAACAGGAGGAAUUGAAUGAUGCGGUAGGAUUUUCCAGAGUAAUUCAUGCCAUUGCUAAUUCUGGCAAGCUUGUUAUUGGGCACAAUAUGCUACUGGAUGUUAUGCAUACCAUACACCAGUUCUAUUGUCCCCUACCUGAUGAUCUAAGUGAGUUCAAGGAAGUAACAUCAUGUGUCUUCCCCCGGCUAUUGGAUACUAAACUGAUGGCAAGUACACAACCUUUUAAGGACAUCAUUAAUAAUACAUCCCUUGCAGAACUGGAAAAGCGUUUAAAAGAGGUUCCAUUCAGCCCUCCUAAAGUUGAAAGUGCAGAAGGGUUUCCAAGUUACGACACAGCUUCUGAACAACUUCAUGAAGCAGGAUAUGAUGCGUACAUUACUGGACUCUGCUUCAUCUCCAUGGCUAAUUUCCUAGGUUCAUUCCUCAGUCCUCCGAAAAACCAUGUGUCUGCUAGAUCAAAGCUCAUUGAACCUUUUUUUAACAAGCUAUUUCUUAUGAGAGUAAUGGACAUACCAUAUCUCAAUUUGGAAGGACCAGACUUGCAGCCAAAACGAGAUCAUGUUCUUCAUGUUACUUUUCCCAAAGAGUGGAAGACUAGUGACCUUUACCAGCUUUUCAGUGCCUUUGGUAACAUUCAGGUUUCGUGGAUUGAUGAUACAUCAGCAUUUGUAUCACUGAGCCAGCCAGAGCAAGUACAAAUAGCUGUAAACACCAGCAGGUAUGCUGAAAGUUAUAGGAUCCAGACAUAUGCAGAAUAUGUUGAGAAAAAACAUGAAGAAAAACAGGCAAAGAGAAAAUGCACAGAAGAUAGUUGGAAGGAGAUUGAGAGAAAGCGGUUAAAAACUCAAUGCACACCUUACAUUUCUCAGAGUCGAUACUGCUGUGUUAACAGAGUUGUAAAAUUCCACAAGAGGCAGCCUUCGUUUAGGUGAUCAACACUUUGAUAGCCUUGGAUAGCAGCCUUUAUUUUGUUGAUAGAACUUGUUUUGUAAUUGAUGUUACAUGAAUUUUUGUUCUCUUGUUAUUCCAUUAAUCAAGUGGUUUGGUUCUGUCCCAAAUUCCCUUUCAUGCAGGUCUUUUGACAUAUUUUUCUUAAUUUUAUUUUUAUUUGUUACUAAUUAGAUUGUGUUAUCCUGUGUCAAUCAAUUUUUUGUAAACAUUUCCUCUUAAGUAUAAUCUGGUUAGGUAUAACAUGGAUCUGCAAACCUUGUGGUCUUUCAGUUCACUUGGGAUGAACAUUUUCCCUUUGUUUCCAGACAAAGAUAUCUCAAAAAUAUUUAUUUUUUAAUAUGUUAUAUAAACAUUUAACUAGAAAAUAUAAUAACUAUAACAUAAUAUAAAUAUUUCUAUGAAGCAGUCAGGACAAAUAUAUGUGUUUGUAUUUGUCCAGGUUAAUUUGAAUCAUAUAUAGUUGAGCACUCAAUACUGUACUGUAUCUAGCAGCUGAUCUCUUAUAAUAGCUUCAUGUUACUACAUCCUUUAUUUAUUUAUUAUUUAGUAAGCUUACUUCAUCAGUUUCUGCCAGGGAGCACAGCUGCAGAAUAGCUGUUCUCUCCAUGAUGGCAAUAUAUCCUGGCUACUUUUUCAUUCAGUAAUGAAGUUGUUGGGUAUUUGUCAUGAUCUUUUGUCUUAAAUUGACAGGUUGAUAAAUAUGUAACAUAGGUUCUUUAAUUCCUGUCUUACUAAAAAAACUAUAGUCCCAUAUUAGAAAGGAACUACUCUUCAAAAACCAUAGCGUGAUAGUAUUGCAAGCAGUCACAAGGUAAAAUCACUUAUUAUUAACGUACACCCUGUGCAUACAACCUAUUACUACUGUUAGAUGUUAAAAUUGGUUUUAAUGAAAAUAUGCCUAAUUAUUAAUGUCAGAUGGAGAAGUAGAUGGAAAACUGAUGCAUUUGACAAAACUUCAAGUGGUUAAUAAGAUUCCCUGCUUUAAAGCUGAUCACUAUUCAGAACACACUUUUGAAAUUGAUUAUGGCUUCUCGUAUUAUACAGUACCAACCUGCCAGCUCUGCCAUGACUGUUAAAUGCAUGGAUUUAAGAUCUUUUCCUUAGCAAACAGUGUUAAACUAUAGCAUGAAAAAAACACGGUAUGUUCCAUGUAAAACUAGAUAUCCUGCUUUUCUUGUAGUUAGUUACUCGAAUUUUCCUGAUCAUCAUCUAGCAAUGAGUAAAAUAAAAUAUGGCCAAUGGCAAAGGAUUGAGGCUAGUAUGAAGGACACGAAAGUGAUAUGUCAUUCUGCCUCAGAAGUUUUCUGCCUAAAACCAGGAGUGCUGCAUCUUCUGUCAAGUCAGGGUGCCGUUUGUAGCAUCACUUCCUUGAAUGUCUUUAUUUUGCUGAAGAUGGUUUGUCUCAUUUUUGAAGUGUUCAUGUAUUUCUGCUGAUUAUUCUUUUGCUUUUUACAGAAAUGGUUGUUUAUAGUGGUUUAUUACUAAAUAAAGAAUAAGAAUUGGAAAAAGCUGUGUUAUUAAAGUAUGGAUAAUAAAUAUUGCAAGCAAAUUA